AUAAAAUAAUAAAUAUAAUGAAAUAAAAUAAUAAAAUGUUUACAGAGAUAAGUAUCUUGGAAGCUCAACAUUUUUAGAGAACAGCUUAUUUUCUAGUACAUUUACAUUUUCAGCUUCAAUUAAAUGAAGAGGCAAAUUAGCAUGUGUUUACAGUAGGCAGAUCAAUGCAGCAGAUGUUGCACUCAUAAGCUUGAUUAGCAUCCUUGUUUUCACAGUACCUCUUGAGUGCAAUGAUAUACCACUGAUUAAAUCAUCCCAACUAUUAUGAUAAUGACAGUUUGUUAGUUAUUACUGUGUGUUACGGUUUACAAGUCCAAAAGUUUUAUUACGCAGGCAGUCUUGGGAAAAAAAUAUGUAAUAUAGUUUGUAUCCUUUGACAUAUUAAUAUUAUUUGCCUUGUUGUGAACAAGCAGAACACUGGUUAAGUGCAGUAUGUAAAGCAGCAAGAACUUCGGUUAAACAAAGAACUUUUACUUUGCAUUAUUUAUUACAUAAAGAGAGUAGGAGGCUUCUUGCCUAAUAUGCUUCUAAUAUAUUUUAACUGCACUGAAUUUAACAUCUAAUGUAGUGUAGUUUGGUGUUGCCCAUCUCUGUCCUCUUUGUACCAAAUCUGUUCCGGUCAUGUCAUUUCUGGUUUAAAUAGUUUAGGGAUUUUCACAAGAUACAGGACUAAGUCAUACUGUAAAGUCGUUUUGCCUCUCCCAUAGCAUCAGCAUGUACGCACUUCAGCACCCCGUUAAUUACAGGUUGUGCAUACAUGCUGGUUCGGGUUCAAGUCUCCCCUCAGACUUUCCAGCAUCUAGCCCACUCUGGGAAUUCCAAACCGUAACCACAGUGGUAAUGAAUAUGGCAUUGGAUGCAAUCUAAAAGAUCCCAGUUCCAAAAGUAAAGAAUGGAGUAGACAACACAGCCUACACUCCAUAAACACCCAUUUCCUGUGUUGUCUCUUUGUUAUGCUUCACUGAGAUAUGAGGAUGGGUGGGACAGUACACCACAGCAUUUUGCUUCAGAUGAGCAAAUCACUGCUAUGUCCUGUUUGUUCAUUUAGUGCAAUUAGGUGACUAACUGGACAGACAUAUUUUUAGGGUGGGGUGGAGUGGAGGGUAAAUGUAGAAUACAUUUUUUUGAGAGGUUGCAGUGGUCUGAAUAGUAUGUUGCACUAACGGUAUUCAUCCCACGGUUCUGACCACAUUUUUACACGCAGCUAAAAAGAGAGAACUGAAAGAGAAUUGUGUACUCUGCAUUCUUAGGUUGAGUCAGAUCUACCAAUAAAUUCUGUCUUCUCAGCAAAUUGGUCACACUGCUGCAUUGAUAAAGGAGUUUAGGAUUUGCACUACAUAAGGUGCAGGCUGCUCUCUGCUUACAUUCAUUCUGUGCAAAGCUGCAUCUGCUUAUAUGAGUUAUGGGCCUAAAUAAGCAUAAAGCCACAAGGGAUUCUACAAUAGCAUCCUGGAAAAUGCACCUCAUUCAGGAAAAGGUUGCAAAGAUUAAAAUGUCUGGUCUGAAAUGUAUAAAACAUGUUACACUGCUAAUUUGGCAACAAUUCAAAACUUGUUUUUGUGUGACCUAGCAUUGACUUAUCAUAAGAAAGAUCAUUUUCUUGAUAUGAAAAGGCCUUUUCAUCUGUAUGAAGGUUAUUAAAGGUUAGUCUACACCCUUGCAGACACGUGAUAGUAUGAGGGAGGUAUUUUUAAUAUUCAGUUGAAUCAAAGUGGGUCGAAAUUAAAACCAUGCUGGAAUAAAUAUAUUAAAAACUGAUUUUUACAAGACAGAGAGUAUUCCUGACUAGUACCACUAAAGCUUGUUCUAAGUUGUAUAUUUUGAUCCUUGAAAUUAGAGAGUCUUUAAAGGAAAUAUCAUUCUCUCCCUGAGGCAGAGGGAAAGCCCAGACAUUGUUCCACUUUAGAUCUGAAAAGGAAGUUUUUUGGUGUGGGGGACGACAGGUGCAGGCUCUGAGAGGGGGAGCGCUCUUAUAGCCAUCUGUUUUCUUUUGGGGUGUUUAGUUUUCCAAACACAUUCACCCACACAGUCCAUCACCACAUCAGCGCGUGUACAGACACACACACGCGCACGUGCGCCUGCAGUGGCCUAGGUCGCCAUGGCGCUGUAUAGAGAAUAAGCCCUGGCACAUGUGCACGGUCAACCAUGGGGUGUGUUACUAUUGUGUUGUAAGACAUUAAAGCAGUGGAGGAGGUGUGGGCUUUAUUUUAACUAGGAUGGGUGGAUAUGCCAAAAGAGACCAGUUGCACUUUCUCUAGCCUCAGUUGUUGGGUAGAUUCCUAGGAGCCAGUGUGCUCAGCAUUUGCCUAAGAAGGGUAGGCUAUGCAUAUCACAUGCCGCUCAUUUGGUUUACAAAUAACAAGUGGUUCCUAGACUGAAAGCAAUACGAUAACAAGGUGUACAAGUUGAAAACAGGAAGUAGACUUGCAUUCCAUGUUGUGUUUCUGACCCACAGCGACUCAGGAUCAACUUAUAUCUUAAAGCAGGAAACAUGGACUGCAAGGAAGAAAUCAGUGACUCGGACAGUGGGAUCAUCUUAAAUUCUGGUCCAGACAGUCCUACAUCUCCAGUGAAGGACCUCAGCACUCACACACGGGUCAUUAGGCUGAAGCACCAGGCUCUGGAGGACAGACUGGAGCUGUGUCUUCUGGAGCUAAAGAAACUAUGCAUCAGAGAGGCAGAACUUACAGGAAAGUUGUCAUCUGAAUAUCCUUUGCUGCCGAAUGAGAAACCACCACAGAUCAGGCGACGUGUUGGAGCGUCCUUUAAACUGGAUGAAGGGCUGCUUCCUCAUGGGAACGGAGAGAAAUCAGAGUUGCAUUCACUUGAGGCUGAUUUGGCCCUCCAGCGACAGAUAUAUGAAGCAUCCCGAAGGCUGUCCCUUGAGGAACACAUCAGCAAGCCGGUUAGGAAGAGCCGACUGCAGCAAUGCAAACACGAGGAAAAGAAAAUGAAGGAGCUACAGGAAGCUGUGUUGAAACACUGCAUUAACCAGAGCUGUGUUUCACCAAAGACCUGCCGUUCCUCCAGGCAGAGAGAUCUGUGCAUAUCUGACGACAGCUCGCUGUCUGAUGCUGCUGUCCAUGAUGAUGAUUUAGAGCCAGGCCCAUUAUCCCCGAUGACUCUAGACUCUGGGAGUAGUUUCCAGCAUGUACUGACCCUUUCGCCUCGUCACGGAUCAAAGCAUGCAGGUUCCAGAUCCAGCAAAGAAUACGACCGAUCUCCAAUCCAAAAUAUUCCUUGGAGAGAAUCCAGUCUGGAUCAGCCAUAUCAGAAACACAAGAAGCUUCCCUCUGCCAGCAGCAGCAGGUCAAGCAGUCCAACAGGAAGCUCUAUAGAUCAGAGACUGGAUGACAUUCCUCCUGCUCCCCAGUUCGUGUUCAAAAGCCUGGCAAUGCGCAACAAUAACUCCAGCAGCACCCCGUCUACCCCAGAACUGCCACUGCGCCGCCACAUCUCCCAGUCCUUCAGGUUUCCCAGAACCAAGCCAGAGGUAAACAAACCGAGUUUAGAUCUGAGCCGUGGAAGGACGAAGCUCCCGCGUCGCCGGGUCACUGACUUUGCAUUAGCUUACUCAGUGCAGCGUCUGUAUCAGUGCAGCUCAGAGGACAGCAGCUCGGAGCACUCCAUAUCCUCCUACAGCAGCUCAUCCAGCCAUGAGUUAACAUCUGAGGUGACCAUAGCCUGCCCACCUCCUUACGGUUUUCACCGCACCACUCCAAACAACUUCCAGGGCCAGCGCUCCACCAACAACAUCCUUCCCAAAAACAACCAAACUGUAAACAAACAAAUAAACAAACCCACUGUGAGCAGCCCAUGUCACAAUAAUAGCCAUGACAGGAUGCUGCCAGAGAGAGAUAUUAGAAAGCUAAACCUGGAUUUGACAUCUCUACAUACAAAUAAACAGAAAAUAGAGGUGACAUCACCUAAGCGUUUACUUAAACCACCUCCACCGUACCAUAGGCUGGCUCGCACACCUUCACUGAAGGAGUAUCCCAAUCAUCCUAGCAGGCUGCUUCCUCGAGAUGUUGUCACAAACGAUCUCAGGGCAUGGCAUGAGAGGAACAUCUUGGGUGAAAUCAAGUUUCUGCCACUGGAACGACAUGGGUCUAUGCGUGCUAAACGCACACCAGAUCAAGAGCCGCCACCAUACCAUCAGAUCCAGUCUCAGAGACAGACUCCUCAGAAAGUGAUCCUCCAGAGAGCUUCUGACGGAACUCCUCUGCAGUGGUAUGAAGAAGAAGACUGUGAGAUUGUAAGCCAGGUCUAGAAGCCAGAGAGCUGAAGCAUCUUUUGCAAUUGUUGAUGUCAUUAAUACGUCUUUUUUUUUUUUAAAUCUACUUAUUGAGCCAAUGGACUCAAUGAUGCUGUCUGAUAGUAAAAUGCUGAUUCGGAGUAAAAUGUGAAGCUGAGCCAAAUUGAUGUGGCACAGAUUUUCACCAAAUGUGGAGUCCUAAAUCGCUUAAACACUGACUGAAAUUCAAGUCUGAAAAUUACUUAACGGUAAGGCAUCAUGCCAUAAUUUCUGUGGUGGUGGUGAUGAUGAUGAUGAUGAUGAUGAUGAUGAUGAUGAUUAUUAUUAUUAUUAUUAUUAUUAUUAUUAUUAUUAUUAUUAUUAUUAUUGGUCCAUGUGUACAUUCACUAUUUCUUAAAAAAAAGUCUCCUGAAAAGUACCUUUUCGAGUAUAUGUUGUGUCUGGUACACAGUUUUCUAUUCCCUACUGUUUUGGAGCACCAAUUGUUUAAUAUAAUGUAAUACAUUAUGUAUUAAUAUAAUAUUUAUGUUCUUUUUACGUUUCUAAAAUUAUUCUCAGUGUAUUUCUUAUGCCUUUUACAGUUUCUACAUUUAAAUAUUGUUAGAUGCUGCUAUGCUGUUCAUCUGUUUUAUAAACUGCCUGCUAGAUUUUAUGAGUGCAGAUAUUUCCCUUAUUCAGAUGUGUCAAAGCGGCAAUUCCUCCCUAUAAUAUAUAUUUGUGUACUAACAAUGUAAUGUGUAUUUAAUCUUAUUUAUA